AGACCGUAUCCCCCAGAAGUGCUCACUGUGCUGUUCCUUUUCGAUUUAACUUGCUUUUUAUUUUUUUCAAGAUUUCCAAGAAUUAGAAAAAGAUGAAGAAAGAUAAAGAUGCCUCAAGGGAUAUGAAAAUUUGUACUGUUUACUAACGCUGGAUGAAACUGUUUAUCGAAUGAAAGAGAUUAAUUUUCGAGAUCCAAAAUGUCAUUGCUUAAGCAGAUUUUGCAAUUGUAUUUAAGGUUAAGGUUUUAAAUACAAUAUUGUAUGUAAAAAAUGAAUAAAUUAAUUUUAAGAACAAUAAUCAAAAAUUUAUAAUGGAAGUAGAUCCAAUAGAGCUACCGUCUGCUUUGGAAAUUAAAGUUGAAGUCGGUUGCAGAAUAAAAACUAACUUAAAAUUUAUUAAAUUUAGGUUGAUACCACAACGUAAUGAAUACGUCGUAUUCAUCAACAUUAUUGCGUUAUUCUUCAUAUUUUAUUUUUGUUUCUAAUGAAAAGGUAAAAUGAUAAAGAUAAAAUAAUGUAAUAGCGCUCUUCCCAAACGCAGUUUUAGUCUCGAAAACAUUUCUUUGAUAAGUUACGUAAAAAUCUUCAUCUAAAAUAUCACACCCUAUGACCUAUGAUUCAAUUCAUCCACUCAGUCAUUUGUUCUCAGCAGCAUCCAUGUUUCGUCCCCAUGACGAGGACGAGAGGCGUACACAAACAAUCUCGAUUGCAGUCUCGAAGACAGUCUUAUGCGCAAAUCGUAACAAGCAAACAUGCCAGAAACGAUUACUUUAUCGAAACGAAAUCCGGGUCCGCGACUCGCGGCUACCACCAAAGUGGAAACCAAGCUGCCCCGAUGCGUGCAACGUAGACUACCGUGCGCCCCCGUGCCCGUAAAAUGCCAUCCGCGCUCGAACCCGUAUCGGUGCAUCGAUCAUCGUGUGUCCAGGAGGCAACCCUACAGACUCGCGGUCGGAUUGUCGGUGACUAGAACCGGCCACAGGACUCCGACGUCGAUUUCUAAGAAUUGCUCCGACCGAUGCCCGCCCGGUUUCCUUUCGACCAUUGGCACUCCUCGUUGCAAGAAGAGUCUGUCCAUGAUGGACUUAUCUCUGCCUGUCGCUGAUCCUGAUAUCGGCGAUCUCAAAUCAGAAAGCGAUUCCUCUGCCAGUCGCCCUGACGAAAUCGCUGACAGAACCAAGGACAACUUGGCGAACGCCAAUAGCGUCUACUGCAGCGGUAGAUCCUGGACGGAUGCUACGCCGUCCUCGGAGUCCGAGCAAGGUGAGGCCACCGGUUUAAUAGAGGAUCCGACGAUUAAGGCGGCGAACGUAGUGUGCCGCGUGCUGGUGUUGAACGCGUGGCGACGCAGACGCGCCGAGAUCUCGCAGCUGGAGCAACAGGUGGAACACCUGCACCUGCAAAUCGAGUUCCUGCGCCGAUUGCUGCUCGCCGAAAACGAUCGAGUCGGCAGGCUGAACGGUGAAUUGCAUUGCGAGAAGUCGCAGCUCGCGGAGAUGACACGCAGCCGUGACGCCGUCAGAUCGGAAAAAGAAAAGCUGGAGAUUGAACUAAAACGCAUCGAGGAAGUCUCCCAGGAGCAAUCGGUCACUGUGGGAAACUUGAAGAACGACCUCCUAACUGCACAGGAUCAACUAAAAGCGCUCGACGUGCAGAUGGCAAAGGAUCGAGAGAAACUUUUGAAAUUACGAGAAGAUAAGAGGAUUCUUUUAGAUAAGGUAUCAGCGAGCGAGGCAUUGGCGACAGAACGUGGUGGCAGAGCCGAAAAAGCGGAAUCAGCCAUCAAGGAGUUACAGUUACAAUUAGUUGCACAGGUAUCUCUCGCCGAGUCUGUGCAGGAACAACUGCAACGUGCUUCUAGAGAGCUGCAAACUACGAUGGCCGAAAGACAGAGAUUGGAAAAACGUCUAAAAGCUAGCGAAGGUAAUGCGAAGACUCUGAGUUUACGUGUGAUUUCUCUGGAAAGUCAAUUGGCCGAUCGAGAAGUUGAACUUCGCCGCGUUGAAAUGGAAUAUCACUCGCAAAUGACGGAAUUAAGCGAGCUGAGAGAACGAUUGCUGCGACAAUCUCAAGAGGGUGGCUGGAGUAAUCGAAUAUUGCAGAUCGCCGGAAGCAUCAUGCGCGUGUCUAUCCUACGGACUUUCACAUUUCUAUCUAGCGCUACUCUGCCGUUGCCUCCGUAGAUAAAGAACUUGAGCGUGAUUGCAAUUUUCCGGGACAUAAACCGGUUUUAAUCGGAGGAAACCGAAUCGAAGGUACCAUUCGCUUGAGACAAAUGCCUUCGGUCGUGAUGAAAAGAAUGCUUUGUGAUCAGGAAAAAGACUGGUUUGCAGUUAAAAGACUGGUAAGAAUAGAUGUUUGCAGGACAAUCAAGAAAUUGACAAGCGCAUCGACAUUCGUAUUAAUUUAAAAUAUAUAAAAAAUGUGCAUUUUUUAAGCUAAUAUUUCAUUUUUGAAGAGUAAAAAUUUUUUUUAUACAAACGUUUGACAUGUACCAUACACUGUGGGCAAAACAAACGGUUUUGUUACCACUACGUGGGCAUUUCGAUUUAUAGACUAAACUUUUUUUUUUUAUAAAUUGCAAAAGGAAAGAAAUAGAUGUAACAGGUGGGAGAGCUUAAAAGGAUUUAUUGAAUAAACGGAUAUAUACCUUUUUAA